AUAGCAACUUGCCGCUGGGAUUUGUUGUUGUUAGUAGUUGUAACUUUUGCCGCCAUCCGCUGAAAUCGCGCUCUUGCAGCUUGCAUCAUACUGAUUUUGAACAGAAAGACGAGAAGCGUGGUGUCUAAUUUCGCCAAUGCUGUUCUCUUCUCAGCAUCCACCAUCGGCUAGCCGUCAGCGAGGAUUUUUGUCUUCUGAACAUGUGCAGGAGUUUUCACUUUUCAGUUUUAAAUUUGAUUGUUGAAGGUAGUGUAAGUUUAGUUAGUUUGUACAAUAACGCGGCUGUUAAUCUCCACGCGAGUUUGCUCUCUUUGACGUGAAAGAUCUAGUGGUCUUUCGCUAUUAGCCUACCGAUUGACGACGAUCCUCGAGGAUCUGAUGGAAAUUUCUUGCUUGCCUGUGUACUUUCUCCGAAUUCUUUGUUAUCAGUGGUAUUUAUGACUCUCCUCAUUAAGUGACUCUGACAUCAUGGACUGUUCUUUUAAGCCGGAACCUAUGAUAGGUGAUCAUCAAUUAAUUGGAGAUAGUCAAUUACUUAGACUUUCUGAGCAGUAUUUGAAUGGUCGUCGUACAAAUAAUCGUCAAGGACUGUGUGUCAGUGGACAAACAAUUUUAGAACUAUACACUGCUAUUCAAAGACGAAUUUAUCCUGUCAGUCCGAAAAUAAUUUGUAUGAUCGGAACCAAUGAUCUUACAAGGAAUUCCUCUAUUGAAAGCAUGAUUGAUAACAUGAACAGUCUAGUGAAUCUGCUCCUCAAAGAAAGGCAGGUGAAAAAAUUGAUUUUGUUGACUGCGCCCCCUGUACCUAAACUAGCAAAGGUCAAAUCUCAUUGGAAGUGUCUUCGAAUAUUCAACGAUCACAUUGCAAGUUUGGCAAAUGGUUCAAGUAUCAGUGUUCUUGAAAUUGAUCAGCUGUUCCUUGCAAACCACGAUUCAUCUCCAAGUUAUGAUGGUGCUCCCUGCCGUUUCCCCAGACAAGUUCCUUUGCCAUAUUCCAACAGAUACGGACCUUUUUCGCAGGAAAUAGAAUCAUACCCUCCAGAUUUCAGUCGGCCUCCUCCUUGUAACCCUUUUCAAUUAAAAUCCUCCGAGUGCAACAAACGGCCAACCGGUCCCUCUCUGCCAACAUUCAGUAGUAGUAAUAGCUCUCUGAACCAAGAGAAAGCUGAAGACUUGCUCUGUCCACAAUUCCUAAAAACAGACUCUAGAUCAUCCGUGGCGGCAUUAGAACCCGAAAUGAAGCCCCGAGUUCUUGAGGACAUGUGGGAUGUUCAGUCCAUCAAGCCAAAAUCUUGUGUAGAUAGUAUAGCUAGCACUGCCAGCGCAAUCGGUGAUGGUAGUCAAGAUUCUGAAAAAUCUAAGGAUCCUUUACUGGAGACUUGGCCAGCUCAACAAGAACCACCCAAAACUGAGAUGGAUGAUGAGCCUACUGCACCUGCACCCUCUUCAAGUCCAGCGAGAGUUGAUGCUAGAGACAACAGCAGUAAUAAAGUUUCAGAAAUUUCCUCAUUGCCCCUUCAUGACUCUGCUACUGGGAACAUGGAGAAUCUUAAAAUUAAGGACUCUCAGCCAGAUACUCAAUCUGUUCGACAAAAACCUAUUGGAGCUGAUUCUCCCACCCUUCCGAUUUCUACUUCUGUUCAUUCGAAGAAUAUUGAACAAAAUCGAGAUAAGACCAUGAAGAAUUCUUCUCCUAACAAACCUAAGGCUUUCAAGAAGAAACUGAAAAGCCCUCUCAUCAAAGAAUCAAAGCAAGAAGACCAGUGUGUAACAAAUGAAACCGACUGUGAACCUGAGGGUAACUGGAACAAUGAAAUUUUGGGUCAUGGAACAAAGAUUCCUAACAAAACCUCAUCGCAAAAUCUAGAGGACAUCGACAAUCAGUGCCAUGUCACCAACCAAAAGGAUAAAAAAACUGUUAAAUUGAACGAAUCAUUGAGAGCUGGAUCCCAGAAACCUGUGGUCAUCCCUUCAAAGAAAGAUUCUGGAAGACAGGAGGGAAAUCUGAAACCUCCAAAAGUUCGAACUUGUCUCAACGUGAUUCGGGAUCACAUAAAAGACAAUUCUCCAUCACAAAAGUCAGCUAGCAAUGCCUCUGCCUCAUCAAAAGUUGUAGUGACAAGUAGCGAGGCAACAGCUAGUUCAGUUAACCCAUGCAGUCCAGCUCAAAGUGAUAGCUCCGGGGAUUCGUAUGUUUCAACGCCAAAAGUUUUAAAAGUAAACGAAACUGAUGUUUCUUCAGCAAAGUUUAAUCAAAGAAAUCGAGCUGUGGGGCAGCAAGGAAAUAGUUAUGCCAACAAGUACAUGUCAUCCAGAGGUAGAGGUGACAGACCACUAAGGAAAGUGCCUGCUCGCAAUACGACCCCUACGCCCUUUCCACCAUGUGAAAGAAAACUGCUGAAUGAUUUUAAAACUCCUGAAAAUCAGUGUAUUCCACAACAUUCAAGCAGACCUCUAAGACAACAAGCUUUUGAGGAUGCAGGAGAUUCAGUCAUGGAAUGUGAGCAGAUUGACAGUUGUGAAUUGAUCAAUCAAAGAGAUAAUGGGUGCAAGUCUAAUUUAGGUAAUACUUCAGACCCAUCAUUUUUGCAGGAGCAGGUUGGCCCCAGUGGAAAUCAAACUUUUUCUGGAGAUGCCUCCAAAACUAUGCAAGCAACCGAAUCUUCAUCUGAAAAUCAAAGUAGACUUGGAGAUUGUGUCUCCAAAUCAAAUAAUGAGAGUCUUUAUCCUGGAAACAAUGUUCUCACCAAUGAUCAAAGUGAAAUUAACGCACCAGAACAAAAAGUUCCUGAAAGCUCUCAUCUUGAUCGUAGACUGACUCAAAACUCAAAAGGAAUCAAUGAAGAUGAGGGAAAUGUCUUGGUACCUAAUGUGGGAAAAUCUUUACAGCAAAGAGUUGUUGUAGAUGAUUCCUCAUCUCAUGCCAAUUACUGCAGACCACCGAUGCAUGAAAGAAAACUUCGAACUGUUAGUUCAGAGCUAUCUGAGUCCACAAACUCCAAUCCGAACCAAGUUUUGACUGAGGAAAGUAAUGCCCUGCCACGGUGGUUUCCGUCUAAUGAUGCCCAACCAAUACCAAUGACAGCAGCCCUACUGAUGCAAGUAAGUGACAAUAAUGAGAGGAGUAGAGUUCACUUUCCAGGGCAUACGGAAAUUCAAGGUGGAGAUUAUUUUCAGCAAGACAGCCAUAGAGCUAAUCAUCCAGCGAAUUUUGAAAGUGGCUGGAGCCCUGCGGCCUAUCCUCAUAGUGAGAAUCAAUAUUCUGGUGUUUCUGCCCAAUUCAGAGAGCAAAUUUAUCAACCUGCGAAUGUGUCUAAUCCGCCCCAUCAUCAAUCGAAUCAGAAUCGUGAUUUCAUGGAAAACCAAAGUUUUGAAAAGGAGACAAUGGGCCAGUUACAGACACAAAGCCUUAAUGAUGAAAAGUUUUUUAAUCAGCAGCCUUAUUAUGGCAAUCAAGGAAGAGUGCUCACAGCAGUAACAACAACUUUCAAUAUGCAAUACCAACAAGCCCAGAACUUCUCACCUGCCUCUUGUAAUUCUAUGCAAGAUCACAUGAAUAUGCAUUUCGAAAAAUUCCCAUCAAUACCUAAUUCAAGACUGAGACCAGCAGCACCCCAUUUUCAACCAACAGAAGGUAUCAGAAGAGGUAAUUUUUAUGGACCGCCCACAUUUCAUGAUUCGAGAGCGGCGGAAAGAGUGAAUCAGCACUUUUCCCAGAGAGCCUUGCCGGAACCUUCUACGCAACGCAAUUUGGUUGAAGAAAUUUCUGAAUCUAAUUUCAACCAUUUAGAUUGGCCAAUUUCUGGUGCACAAGCAAAUUUACCUCCAGAACACAUCAAAUCACAAUUUUCCAGCAGGUGUAGGCGUAGAGGCAAUGAUCACCAAAAUUAUUACUGCAGAAGUCAUCAAGAAGUUACUCCAAGGGCUCUAGAACACCGAGACUACUCGCACCAAAUACCCCAAAAGCCAGAAUUCCGAAAUUAUCGUCCCCCUCAAGCUUGUCCAGCACAACCUGAGGGAGCUUCCAAAACUGCAAGAUAUAUAUGCCAACUUCUCAAAAAUGUGAUAGACACCCUCGAAAAAGGAUUUCAAUACUUCAAUCUUGAAAAUGUACAGGCUGAGAAACCAGCUGUACAUUCUGACCUAGAUAUUGCCCUCUCUCAUGCAAUAAAACUGAAGGAAGCUGUAGAAGAGGGUAACUUUGAGAGCAUCAUAAUGAAGGAAGAAUGUGAAAAGGAGGCUUUAAUAUUUGCCUCUCACUUUGUUGAUAAAGAUUCGGAGUCUACUUUUGAAAAUGAUCCAAAUCACAUUUUAGAACAAGAACCGAAUUAUCAGGAUAAUAUGGAUAGGGUAGGAACGUCUGCUGAUAACGAAAAAAAUGAGGUGCCAAAAACAUGGAGCCAUGAAAGCCACAAGAACCUGCAUUUGGGAGAACUCAACAAACAAGUAACAAGUAACAAGUUGGUAGAAAGAUCAGAGAUUGAAAAAGCUGGUAAGAUAAGCGAUGAAAAAUCCUAUAAUAAUGGUCAAAGAAACAAGCUUCCAGAGCCCUGCAAUAUGAGAUCUAAAGAUGAGCUUCCUUUGCAUCAAAAAGAUGGUGGAGAAGCCCCUAAAAAUGAGUCGCUGGAACAUCACAACAGCAUGAGUAGACCUCAAAACCACAAAGAUAUGCAAGUCGUGUCACCUCAAGAGUUUGAUACGAAUGUUCCUACGAAUGAACUCGCUGUACUCCCCGAAACUUUAGAAGGAACAAAAGGCACUGAAGAUAGUGCCGAAGCAUUUCAAUUACAACCCACAGCUGAUGUCCCUACUGAAGAAACUUUCAAGGAUUCUACAAAAAUGGAACAGUCCGAAGGACAUGAAAAUUUCAAGGUUCGAUUGCAUCAGAAUUUUGAAAACUUUUCACCCAAAUGUGAACACUUGAUGCAUUCUAAAAUGACAGAAAAACCCAUGAGCCAGGGAAACAAAAGAGUCGUUCAGUAUCAGAAGUCUGGCUGUGGAUCUCCGGAGAAUUCUUCAAAUAUGAGAAAAGCAGAAAGCAAAGCAGAUUAUGUGGAUAAAGAGAAUCAAAAGUCUGCAAUUUCUCCCAGAAGCGAACCAGUGCAGUAUCAUGAAAAAAUGAAAAAAGUAGAAAGUGACAGAGAUGACAAAGUCACUAGGCAUUGGAAGAGUAAUAAAUUCACUCCCAGAAAUGCAACUUCAGCACGUUCUGAUAAAAAGGGAAAACAUGAGCACCUUGAAGCCACUAUGUCUGCCACAGGUAGGAAGAAUUAUUAUCAUGGUGGGAGAAAUCAAGCAAAUUCUUCAAACAUAGGAAGAGAUUCAACCUUCAAAGAAGAUUCUGUUAUUCCUUACCAAAAAUCAAAUAAAUCUAAAUCUGAAAUUCAGGGUACUCAAGGACCUAGUGCCCGAGAACAUCCCAAUGUAUCUCACAAAAAUCGAUAUAUUAAACGUACCAAAAAUGAGCAAUUGACUGAAGGAAAGAUGCAAUCUAAAGUCGAAAGUGAAGGUCCAAGAAGUCCACCUGAAGGGAAUGAGAAGGAUAGAGUUAAUAAUGAUCUAAAACAGCAUGACUUAGAAUUUUCAGAGGGAUCUGACUAUCCUAAAAAAAGUGAAUCGCCGAAAAAUUCUGAAUUAAGUGUUGAAACUACACAACAUCCCUCACAACCUGAUGAAAAUACAGAACAUGUUUCUCCUUCCGAGACACAGUAUUUAAACAUUGCUGGUAAUCAACUUGUUGCGGAUUGGGAAGAAUUAGAUGAGUUCCAAAAAAGUCCUCAUGACAAAAUUCAUAACGAACAAUUUUCCAAGAAUCUAAUGAAUUUUGAAGGACAAACCACUAAUAGUCCUGUCAGUGAUAAACAAAGAAAUCAAUCUUCUCUUGAUGAUGGAACUCAACAAUACAGCGCCCCACUAAUCUCAGUACCUAGAGAGCAAUUUCAGUCUCAUGCUCCGCAAAUUCCUUUUGAAGAAUGUCAACAGUCAGAAAAUUCAGGGAUGUUUAAAUAUCAGGAGAGACAUCACUCUGGAUUUUGGAAAAUUCCAAAGGCGGCAAAAACUUCUGAAUCAUACAUUGACUCUGUAAAGGCAGGAUCUGCUACAUCUAGCAAUACCGAUGAUAGAGUCUUCAUGGCCUCAAAACAUGCUAUUAAGGAUGAAGUACCUAAUGAGGUGGAACGCAGUCUCCAAUAUAACCAAGAAAAUCAGAGGGCUUUCGAAAAAUCCGAUAUGCAAGAUUUUAAGCAUCCAGGUCAAUGGUCUGACUCAUAUGCAAACAGACCAUCACAUAGGCAUUUGCCCCAUAAAGCCAGAGAUGUUGGAGCAGAAAGUACAAACUGGAGGUCACAGCAAUGUAACAACCAGAUGCGGUAUUCUUCCAGCUCAGAAGAGGAGUUUCCGGCCAUAGGGGCACGCAGAUCACGGAGAGGGAGACAAAGAAUGAAAGAAGCCCACGAGCAGAGGUCAAAUUUUACCAUGCCAGUCCGUUCAUAUAGUGCUGAAGGAUUUCCCAGAAUGCGUUUCCUAUCACCUCCUGUUCCAACUCAAACCAGACAUUUCCCUGACCACGAUUUUUCAAAAAUCAAGAUGGAUAACUUUGAACUGUUUUUCGGCUCUUCCUAUGAAAACCCCUCACCACGACAAGAUUUAAUUCAUCUGAACAAGAAAGGCCUUGGGAUGGUCUUCAAUCUAAUCAAAGAGAAGCUGUCUAAAGAAGAAUCUUAGAACUUAAGCCUCCUUUUCAAUUAACUUUUCUUCUUCUUCUCUCUAUCUUUUAAAAUUGACUUCCCUCUACUAUUUAUUUUUCUAAUUUGUAUUAUUGCAUUUAUUUAUUAGAAUAAUGAUUUUUUAUAUUGAUUUUUCUUUGUUGUUGUACUGACAUUCUUGUUGUAAUUUUUGAGACUGUUUUGUAUCAAUAUAGUAUUUUGAUAUCUAUUUAUUGUUUAGAAGGAAAACCCUAUUUUUAUAGUUACCUUGUCUUUAGUUUUCUGCUUAAUCUGCUAAGUAGUCUUUCCUCCUUCUUUCAGGAUUUGAUAUUGACAUGGAGCAUUGAUUCGCAGCCAAAAUAAAUAUUGAACUUUAUAUGUAGCUGUCAAUGCAAAAAAUAUUCAAGAAUAAUUUUUCUUUUCCUUAGAAAACAAGUAGAAAAAAAACCCUAUUUCUUCUGUGCAGAACUAUGAAGAUUGUAUUUUGGGAUUAUUUUAUUAGAAUUGUCACGUUUCAGUAAAAUAGAUGUUGCUCAUAAAUAACUCAUUGCCUCAGUGAUUUCAAAUUACAUACUUUUGUCAGAGUAGAUUAGAAAAGUAUUUGUAAACUGACAUUUUAGUAAGUAUAAGAGUAAUGACUAUUUUAUAUAAUUCAAA